GUAGGUUACCUUGCAGUACAGUACUAUGUAUCGAAUUUAUCUAUUUGAUACGGUUCUUAUCAAUUCACGAUUCAUGAGAUAGCUCAAGCUCAUAGUAGAUAAGUAUCUAACUAGGUUCACUUAGAAGUAUUGUAAACAAUUCACUUUAAUGAAACAGUAUCAAUAGAACCUUUUCAGUAGGUAGUAUUAUUGAGGUUUUCACAUUUUCUAACUGCUGAACUGUUAAGAAUGAGUGAGACUUUAUCUGAUGCUGGUAUCUACAACAGAACUCCAGCUACAUCUGGGUAAGGAGUGCCUCAGCUGAUUCAUCGGUACCUAGUGUUAUCAAAGAAAUUUCGUACUAUGAUAUGUCUGGUGAAAAGUAUUUGACGAUAUUUAAUCAUUACUGUUAUAAAAAUACCAAAUAUUUUCAUUACAAAAAACCACCAUCACGAAUCGGCACAAAUGAAGAUGUAACAAGAUUAAAAAAGACAUUCAAAGAUAUGGAUUACCAAGUUACCUGUCAUGAUAACAUGGAUUACGGCGAGAUUAUGGACAAAAUCAUAGAAAUUAGUAAGCAAGACCAUAAAGUAACAUCAUGUCUAUGCUUUGUAUUUUUAACACAUGGUCUGAAAGGCGGAGACCUCUUUGCGGCCGAUCGCCCUUAUCAGUUCAGAGAUGUGACAACUGUGCUUGAAAAUGGCCAUGCAAGUCUCGUUGGAAAACCGAAAAUAUUUUUUGUUCAGGCUUGUAGAGGUGAUCAAAUAGACAGUGGGCGAAGGAUGGCAAUCGAUGGACAUGAAGUGUCAAUAAACAUUCCCACUCACGCAGAUUUUCUUGUUCUAUACUCAAGUGUGGAGAAUUUCGUGUCCUACCGAGAUAAAGAAGGUUCGUUCUUAGUUCAAGAACUCUGUGAUGUUAUAGAAGAGCAUCAUAAAGAGUGGGAUAUUUUACACAUUAUUACACUAGUGCAGAGAAGAGUUGCUUAUUACAGAACAACGUUUGCGCCAUCAAACCCCUCCAUACACGACAAAAAGCAGAUGCCUGAGACUCGUUAUACUUUGACAAAAUUAUUUUACUUUUAGAGAUUAUUGUCAGUUUAUUUGUAAAUAGUAACUACCUAGGUAUCGGUGUAAAUGGGCACAGAUGACAACUGUGCCCAACAAAAAAAGGUAAACUAACUAUGACAAAGUUUAAAAAAUGCA